AUGGGGAAAGCAAGCAAAAUUAAACUUUCCAAACCAACGAGUAAAACGCAGCCCCUUGACAGACAAAUCGAGGAACAUCGUUUUGCCAAGCCGUCAACCAGAGUGAAAAAUAGGCUUCGUCAAGAUGAAGAUGAAGAGUUCGUUGGAUCAGAACUGUCUGGUCGCAUUCUCCAACAAGCACGUCAACAACAGAGAGAGCUGGAAGAUGUCACCGAUGAUCUUGCACCACCCGCUAAGAAAACAACCAAGUUGGGUGCUGGCAGUUCUUUGGCAGGCCCUAGUAAUGCAGGAUCUGAUGAUGAAGAUGGUGCCAGCUCUGAGGAUGACAUGGAGGGAGAUUUCUAUGAGGAUGUGAAUAUUGAUGAAGACGAUGAGCGAGCCCUUGAAAUGUUCAUGAACUACAGUGGCAAAACUGGUCGAACUUUAGCUGAUAUAAUCCAAGAAAAGAUUACUGAAAAGCACACCGAGCUUCAGACUCAGUUUUCAGAUGCAGGAAGUGUGCAAAUGCAAGAACUAGAUCCUCGGGUCAAGGAGAUGUAUGAAGGUGUGAAGGAUGUCCUAAUCAAGUAUCGAAGUGGCAAACUACCUAAGGCUUUCAAAAUAGUUCCAAAGCUUCGUAAUUGGGAACAAAUUCUUUACAUUACUGAUCCACCCAGAUGGAGUGCUGCUGCCAUGUAUCAGGCCACUCGUAUCUUUGCAUCUAAUCUAAAAGACAACAUGGCACAAAGAUUUUUCAAUCUCGUUCUUCUCCCCCGUGUACGGGAUGACAUUGCUGAGUACAAGAGACUUAAUUUCCAUCUAUAUCAAGCUCUUCGCAAAGCUCUUUUCAAGCCCGGUGCCUUUAUGAAGGGUAUCCUCCUUCCACUGUGUGAGAGUGGCACUUGCACUCUACGUGAAGCCAUCAUUGUAGGGUCUGUUGUGGCAAAGAACUCCAUCCCCAUGCUCCAUUCAGCUGCUGCCAUGCUAAAACUGGCAGAAAUGGAUUACAAUGGAGCCAACUCUAUAUUCCUCAGAAUCUUGUUUGAUAAGAAAUAUGCGCUGCCUUAUCGGGUGGUUGAUGCUGUAGUUUUUCACUUUGUCAGGUUCCAGCGAGAUCAUAGAGAGUUGCCUGUUCUGUGGCACCAAGCCCUUCUUACUUUUGUUCAACGAUACAAGAGUGACAUUAGCAGUGAACAAAGAUCUGCCCUUAUGGAUCUAUUAAGGCAUCAAAAUCACCCAACUGUAACAUCAGAAAUCAGGCGAGAAUUAGUAAACGCUAAAUGUAGAGAUGUUGAAGGUGCUGAGCCUGAGCCCAUGGCUGAUUGAUGAUUUAGUCAGUUUAAUGUUUUUGAGGCUUGAAUUUUGGUGUGUAUAUAUUAACUAGGAAUAAGAUGUUUAUUUUCCUAAUAUUUAAGUUAUAAUCAGGUAUAAGUUACAAAUUAAAAGCUUAUUAUGAAUGUAUAAA